AUGGCACCCAUCCAGUUUGGCGUUAUCUUGAUACCAUUCCAGACCAUUGACGUUGCUGGACCCGUGGAUAUCCUAUCCAGCUCGUCGAUUCCUUUCUUGCGGAAGAGCAGCAGUCCCGACAUUGCUGAACGUGGCAUUGAUAUCGAAUUCCACUAUAUCGGCGAGAAUAUGGACCCUGUCCUGCACUCUGCUGGUUUCAAAUCCAAACCUACAAUCACCAUUGCGGAUUGUCCUAAGCUUGACUACCUCCUGAUUGGUGGGCCAAUGUCAAGCUAUAUCCGAGAUAUCCCACCAGCGAUCGCAAAUUUUGUGCGCGAACGUGUGGACGAAGUGAAGACCGUUUUCACCACUUGCACCGGUGCAAUCUUUGCGUCCGCGCUAGGUCUGCUGGAUGGGUUAAAUGCCACAGCAAACCACGAAGUCAUGGGGCUUGCGAGGGAGAUUGCUCCCAAUGUUAAGUGGACGACGGAAAAGAAUUGGGUCAUUGAUGGCAAAUUCUGGACCGCUGGUGGCGCAUGCGCUGGCAUGGACAUGAUCGCUCAUUGGGUCAUGGAGAACUACGGCAUGGGUGUGGCUGAGCGCGGGUUUGCAGUUCUUGCCUAUGAGCCGCGUGAUGUGGAUGGAAAGCAGGUUGUCUUGAGCAGACAUGCUUCAAAGUAA